GGUACCGUAAAUGCGGUUAAUUCUCCUAACCUGAACUUGCGCAAAUUUCAAACAACAUGAUCCAUCUAAAAUCUAUUCACUCCUCUUUAACACCUGCACAACAAGCUUCUUUUAUUAGAACAAGUUGUUUUAGGAGGAAAAAGACCUUCGUUUCCUUCAGCAAGUACUCAAGAAAUUCAUCUUCAGAUGGUAAAGGCGAUAUCCGUCAGCAAGAAUUGCUUGCCACAAUUGCAUUGCUUCAAACACAGAAGCUCCGUCUAACCGAAUACUUGGAUGAAAGAUCUGCAUAUCUAACACAGUUUGCUGAAGAAGCCAAUACUGAAAUGGACCAGAUUGGUGAAAAUGCUCUCAAAGAACUAGAUGAAGCUGGUGCAAGGAUAAUGGGAAACAUAGAGAACCAAAUGCAAGCUUUUGAAGAAUCAAUGGGAUUGAACAAACAGGAGAUAGAAGAGAACGAAAAGAAGUUAGCGGAAUUCGAAGGCCAAAUAGAGGAGGAAAGAAAUGAAUGGCUUUUCUUUAAGAACCUAAGACAAAGACGCACUGUGGCCGUGGACAAAGCAGAAGCUAAGGAGGAGAUGGAGAAGAUUAAGCAACUUAGUAGAGAAAAUGCUGGAUCGACAACUAGAAGGAUUGUUUACCUUGCACUUAUAGGCCUUGUAGUAGUUGGGAUUGCAGAUGUUUUCAUCUCUUCAUCCUCUGACUGGAGAAAAGGUGCAGUUCUUGGGGUUAUUUUGGUGUGUUUGCUUUCUCAAGUCAUGUACGAGCAGAACAGAAUUGGAGGGAAAACAGAACUCCAAAGAAGACAAAAAGGGAAUUCCUCUCAAUCUUUUACAGAAUACUACUAAUAUCGUAGCAGGAGGUAUAACCCCUCCUAUUACUCGCGACUGAUAUAUAUCAUGCCAAUUUUUAUCUUGCAUCAUGCAUAUUUGGUGACAACACUGCAGCCACUGAAGUUAGAUAUGUAUCGGAUGCUUUAGGAAUGAUACCUGCUGAAUUAUACAUAGAAGUUGUAGGACCUUAGAUUUGGACUUCGUACAUUUCUGAUGUGAUUUUGAGAAGGAAACAGUCCCUCAAGAAUCCCCAGGAGGAAAUAGGAUCUAUUGGUGGAAGAUUCUUAUUCGAGACGCUCAAGGUGUAUCAGCUCUCUAGCAUUCUUGGUACGUCAAACAUGGCAUUCCAUCAGACGUAUUAUUAGGUUGUCCAGAUGAAAGAUACUUUCUGGUUUUCCCAAUUAUGCGGUUAUAAAGGAUAGUCAAAGACAAUUGCAGCACCUUUAAUUUUAUCACAUGUCAUUCAUAUGAAAAGUCCAACACUAUAAAUCAAAAUUUUGUUAUUUUCAA